AUGCAGAAUUGCUUCGACUUCCAACGGUGCCAAUUUUCGCGAAAACUCUACAUUCACCCGGUUGUUAAUGAGUUUGAGCAGCUGCCAAAAUCGCAGGUAUGGCAGCGAAUGCUUCAAUACUUUCAGAACAGCGAAUAUUACACAGAUGAUCCGAAUGAAGCGUGCUUGUUCUUACUGGGAAUCGACACGACUGACAGAGAUAUAAGAAGUCAAAAUUAUGUGAAAAAUGUGCCAGAAUACAUUGCACAACUCGAUCAAAGCGUGUGGAAUGAUGGCCGAAAUCAUUUGAUUUUCAAUUUUUACCACGGCACAUUUCCCGACUACGACGACCAUAAUUUGAACUUUGACACUGGAUUGGCAAUGAUUGCGAGAGCGUCGGCAAAUGACGCGAAUUUCUUCAAAGGCUUCGAUAUCUCAUUGCCGCUUUUUCAUGAUAAUCAUCCGUAUGAAAGUGAACCAGAGAAAGUUUGUGAGAAAAUCACAACCGCGAACUCGCAGUAUUUGGUAUCGUUCAAAGGCAAAAGAUACGUGUACGGCAUCGGCUCGAGUACCCGCAAUUUGGUGCAUCACUUGCACAAUGCCGUCGACAUUGUUAUGGUGACGACGUGCAAACAUAACAAUGACUGGCAGGUGUAUCAGGACGAUCGAUGUGCGCACGACAAUCAGGAAUACGAAAAAUGGGACUACGAUGCACUUUUGUCCAACUCAACGUUUUGUCUCGUUCCGCGUGGUCGCCGUUUGGGCUCAUUUAGAUUUCUCGAAACUCUACGAUCGGGCUGCAUUCCAGUUAUUGUUUCAGACUCUUGGGUGUUGCCGUAUUCCGAAAUAAUCGAUUGGUCGACAGCGGCGAUAACGGUUAGGGAGAAGGACGCGCUGAUGAUACCGGCACAACUGAUGUCGAUGAGUCGGCGACGGGUUGAUGCGCUACGUGAGAACGCAGCGGCGAUCUACGACGCGUUUUUGCGCUCGGUGUCGAUGAUCAGCGAAACUGCGCUGAAGAUUGUGCAUAGACGAAUCGAUGCCCACUUUUCGAAUGUGUGA